AUGGCAACAUUAACGGUAAAAUUAGCCGCGGUCUUGGUAUUGGCCGUUGUUUGCAACGCUUCUUGCGAUGGAGAAGAACAGAACAACGGAGACGCCGUAGAUCAAGGUUUUUUGAAGUGCUACGAUUUUGUAGUAGUGGGCGCUGGUUCCGCGGGCAGCGUUGUGGCCAACCGACUGUCUGCCAACAACACGUUCACGGUUCUUCUCCUCGAGGCCGGCCUAAACGAGACGGACGAUCUGCUUGUUCCUUUCUCCGCUGCCUUUGCAGCCAAGCCGAACAACAGCUGGAUGUACACCACGACACCGCAAAACAAUUCGUGCCUCUCUUUCCCAGGACAUGUGGCUGUGUUGACCCUAGGCAAAAUUAUGGGCGGUACCGGUUCAAUCAACUCGAUGAACUUCGUGCGCGGCAGCAGGCACGACUUUGACUUGUGGGAAAAAGAUUUCAACGCCACCGGCUGGAAUUACACCAGUGUGUUGCCCAACUUCAAGGCCAUCGAGUUCUUCAAUGUGAGCGGCGUCUCCGAAGAAGAGAGAACGCAGUACCACGGAAUGUCGGGAGAGAUGCCGAUCAACUAUCCCCCCUACAACACGUCACUGAGCUACGCUUUUCUCAAUGCGUGUAGUGAAUCCCACUACAGCUAUGUUGAUUACAACGGCGCGAACCACACCGGUUACUCGAGGGUGCAAUCCAACACUGCCUUCGGGGUGAGAAUGAGUGCAAGCACGUGCUUCAUACGGAAUGUACAACGAAACCGAACAAACCUUCACAUUUCUCUGAACAGCACCGUCACUAAGCUAAUUUUUGACAGCAAUAAACGAGCCACUCACGUUGUCUUCACCAAAGACGGAGUGGAAAUGAAUGUAAGUGUCGGCGUCGAGGUGAUUCUCUCUGCGGGAGCCAUCAACUCUCCAAAGCUGCUCAUGCUGUCGGGAAUCGGGCCCGAAGAGGAUCUGAAGAAUAGCAGCAUCAAUCCUGUGGUGAACCUUCCAGUGGGUGUGGGACUCAUGGAUCACAUAAUUUUUCUUGGCCUCGUUGUAACUACCACAAAUGAUGAAAUAGGACUACGCAACAUGAAUCAGAGCAUUGCAGAGUACAUGCAAAAUCAUACAGGACUUCUCACCAUACCGGGUGCCUUUGAAGCACUGCUCUUCACCAAUAGCGGCGAGAAUUCGAGUGAACUUGAGGACUACCCCGACAUAGAGCUGGAACUUGCGGAUAUUUUUCCAGGCCCAGAAAUCGCACAGUCACCGUACGUUUCGAAUGAGAGUGGGACGUAA